CCACCGUGCCUUAUGAAUGCACAAUAAAGUCUCCGGUCGCGGAAGGGUUAAACGUCGUUCGGUAGUAGGAAGUGGGUGGUAAGAGCUGAGGAUGGAGCGAGCAAGCCUGUGUAGCAACCACAGAUCAUUUUUCGCGAGAAAAGCGACGUUAUGCCGGAGGAGAACAGAGAGAAUAUAAUACCUGUAAGAGAGCACGAAAAGACGCGGACAAAUCUGCCUACCCGAGGACGAAAACGCGAAGUUGUCCACCUGCUUUUCAGAGCCGAUGUGCGUAUCUUUGACCAGAUGGACGCAUAGAGUGGCUGCAGAAUCUCAUUGAUCUCGCCUAUUUUAUGCACUGAAGCUCUGACAACGCUUAGAUGUGUCAUAUAAUCCGUGUUUGCAGGUCUGUAGCAGCGUGCAGUGUGCAUGCAGUGCACUCCGUGUCCAUGCACGCACUGGCGCCUCCUCGGCACACACACUGUGUCUGAAUGUGGACUAACAUGUAGCGGGUUUCUGCAGCUGAAUGUUUUGCAGACGAUCAUUGCGAUCGGAGCGUUUUUAAAGGAUGACAGCGGCUGAACUGGUUGAUCUCGGUUCUAACUGGUGAGAUGAGAUACUUGUAGUUGCAAGGUUUUUGUUUUGAGCUGCGAUGUCUUGAUGUGAAGAUGAGUACAAACUUGUUUGGUUUAUCUAAUCUGUGGUGUGAUAACCUUCGGUCUCUCAGUCUGGGCUGCUCGGGGGUUUCUUCUCUGUCUCCCAGCUGGACUUCAGUUGAUCCCAUCGCGCAGCCUCUCGCUUAUUCAGCAUUUCCCACCACAGAGCAGCCUAGUCAGUAGUCUGUGUCAGUCUCUGCCAGGAAGGGAUGUUGGCUGGGAGCGAACACAGGAGCGCUACUUUUUAAUAGGCCUACUUUGGUCUUAUUUGACAGUGUGUUUUGUUUUAGCUGUAACGCGAGCGGAUAUAACCAUUAUAUCUCACUGUCUCCUGUAUGCCACCAAGUAGUUCUCAGAAAUCAUCUGCUUCUCACUGGUGAGUGAUGCUCAAUUCAUCUCCGGCGAGCAUUUCGGUUUCGUCUUGAACUGACAAGCUGUGCUGGCUCGCUGAAAGCCACGCGAGAGUGGGGCUUAUUCUCGCCCCGUUACCUGGAAACCGCCGGAGUCACGAGACCCUCCGACAGGUGUGAAUCCGGACACGCGUCAUGGAUGAUUCUGGGAUCAUCCGAAGACGGAGGCUGCAGAAGGAUCUACCUCUGCCCCGAAAAAGUAGCAGUUGCAGAACCAGUAACCGGAAAAGCCUCAUCCUGACCAGUACUUCUCCCACCCUGCCACGACCGCACUCUCCGCUGCCUGGACACAUAGGAAGCAGUCCUUUGGACAGCCCGCGCAACUUCUCACCGAGCGGACCCGCCCACUUCUCUUUCGCCUCUUCUCGCAGGGCUGAUGGUCGUAGAUGGUCCUUGGCUUCUCUGCCUUCCUCAGGAUAUGGCACCAAUACACCCAGUUCAACGUCAUCCAGCUCAUCCCAGGAGCGUCUACACCAGCUGCCCUUCCAGCCGACCAUGGACGAGCUGCACUUCCUGUCCAAGCACUUUGGCAGCACUGAGAGCAUCACAGACGAUGACGGGGGCCGACGCUCGCCGCACGUGCGCCCUCGCUCUCGUAGCCUCAGCCCGGGGCGCUCUCCAUCCUGCUAUGACAAUGAAAUAGUGAUGAUGAACCAUGUCUACAAGGAGCGCUUCCCCAAGGCCACAGCUCAGAUGGAGGAGAGGCUGGCAGAGUUCAUCCAGAACUACUCCCCGGAGAACGUUCUGCCUCUGGCUGAUGGUGUCCUCAGCUUCAUCCACCACCAGGUAGCUGAGCUGUCCAGGGACUGCCUGACCAAAUCACGUGAGGGCGUCAUUACCAGUGUCUACUUCUGUGAGCUACAGGAGAACCUGGAGAGGCUGCUGCAUGAUGCCUAUGAGCGCUCAGAGAGUUCAGAGCUCACCUUCGUCAUUGAGCUGGUCAAAAAGCUCUUCAUCAUCAUAUCUCGUCCAGCCAGACUCCUCGAGUGUUUGGAGUUCAAUCCUGAGGAGUUUUACCAUCUACUGGAGGCAGCAGAGGACCACGCAAAGGAGGGGCAGCUGAUGAAGGCAGACAUCCCUCGAUACAUCAUCAACCAGCUGGGGCUGACCAGAGACCCACUGGAGGAAAUCGUGAGCCUUGACAGCUAUGACAGUGAGGGUCCGCAUACUCCAGAGACCGAUGACUCAGCUGAGGGAAAAGGCAGAGCCAUCAAGCCACCGAGUGAAGAAGACUUUCAGAGCAUCAAACUGAUCAGCAACGGAGCUUAUGGUGCUGUCUACUUGGUGCGCCACAGAGAGACACGUCAGCGUUUUGCCAUGAAGAAGAUCAACAAGCAGAAUCUGAUCCUGAGGAACCAGAUCCAGCAGGCGUUCGUAGAGAGGGACAUCCUCACCUUCGCGGAGAACCCGUUUGUCGUCUCUAUGUUCUGCUCUUUUGAAACACGGAGACACCUGUGCAUGGUCAUGGAAUAUGUUGAGGGUGGUGACUGUGCCACUUUGUUGAAGAACAUCGGGGCUCUGCCUGUUGAGCUGGCAAGGAUGUACUUUGCUGAGACAGUUUUAGCCUUGGAAUACCUGCACAACUAUGGUAUUGUCCACAGAGACCUCAAACCUGACAAUCUACUGAUCACCUCCAUGGGACACAUCAAGCUUACAGACUUUGGCUUGUCAAAGAUGGGUCUAAUGAGCCUCACCACCAACCUGUACGAGGGACACAUUGAGAAAGAUGCCAGAGAAUUCCUGGAUAAGCAGGUAUGCGGUACUCCAGAGUACAUUGCUCCAGAGGUGAUUCUCCGUCAGGGCUAUGGAAAGCCGGUGGACUGGUGGGCCAUGGGCAUCAUCCUCUAUGAGUUCCUGGUGGGCUGCGUGCCUUUCUUUGGAGACACUCCAGAGGAGCUGUUUGGACAGGUCAUCACAGAUGAUAUAGUUUGGCCAGAAGGUGAUGACGCCUUGCCUGCAGAUGCCCUGGCCCUCAUCUCUGCCCUGCUGCAGACCAACCCUCUUGUGAGGUUGGGUACAGGUGGAGCAUUUGAGGUGAAACAGCACUCGUUCUUCAGAGAGCUGGACUGGAACACUUUGCUGAGACAAAAGGCAGAGUUCGUCCCUCACCUGGAGUCAGAGGAGGACACCAGCUACUUUGAUACCCGCUCGGAUCGUUACCAUCACAUCAAUACAUAUGACGAGGAUGACACCAAUGACGACGAGCCUGUAGAGAUCAGACAGUUCUCUUCCUGUUCUCCUCGCUUCAGCAAGGUGUACAGCAGCAUGGAGCAUUUGUCUCAGCUUGAACAGAAAGCUACGACCUCUGUGUCUCGUCGGGAGCACAAGGGCCCACGGGAGGACAAGGUGACCAAGAGAGAGAGCCUUGGCAGCUUCAGCAUGAGAGACAAGAGCUGGAGGACCGGGUCCCCCGAGAUGAAACGACUGUCCUGUUCAGAGUCCCUCUACAUGGAGGGGGAUGCAAGCCCUCCCCUCGGUGCUCGCAGACGUUUCUCAGCACUGAUGGAUACACAUCGUUUUGCCUCACCGCUAGACGGUGAGCCAGACUUCCUGUCCCGCCAGGUGCCCAUCAAGGUCCGUGGAACAUCACUGGAUGGGACCAGCGUCCCCUCGCCAAGCCUCCUGGAGCAGAGGAACAAGGAGAUCAACGGAGCAGACAAAUCCCCCAGACAUGGAGAAACACCAGGAGUUACCACUGCCAUCAGCACAUUAUCCCCAGGUCCUGUAGCAGCCGGUCGCGACGUGAUGGUCCCUCCUUAUGACCCUCUGGGACCCCGGGCCACCAAUGAUCUGGUCCUCCGAAGGGCACGCCAUCAGCAUUUGUCUGGUGAUGGCGAGAAACGUAACUCCAGACCUGGAAACAAGGUCAUCAAGUCGGCCUCGGCCACGGCCCUGUCUGUUAUCAUACCGUCAGUGGAGCAGCAUGGCGGCUUCUCUCCGCUGGCCAGCCCCAUGUCUCCCCACUCAUUCUCCUCCAACCCCUCGUCCCGUGAUUCUUCACCCAGCAGGGACUUCUUUCCAGCAGUCAGCGUGCUGCGCUCACCUAUCACCAUCCAUCGCUCUGGAAAGAAGUACGGCUUUACUCUCAGGGCCAUUAGGGUCUACAUUGGAGACAGUGAUAUCUACAGUGUGCAUCACAUUGUUUGGCACGUCGAGGACGGCGGUCCUGCACAGGAAGCUGGCCUGUGUGCUGGUGACCUCAUCACCCACGUCAACGGGGAGCCUGUCCAUGGUCUGGUCCACACUGAAGUGGUGGAGCUCAUCCUCAAGAGUGGAAAUAAGGUGACCGUGACAACCACACCUUUUGAGAAUACCUCCAUCAAAGUUGGUCCUGCCCGCAAGGCCAGUUACAAGUGUAAGAUGGCCCGACGAAACAAGAGAACCAUGGGCAAGGACAGCCAGGACAGUAAGAAGCGAAACUCCUUGUUCCGUAAGAUCACAAAGCAGUCCAAUCUGCUGCACACAAGCCGCAGUCUGUCCUCUUUGAAUCGCUCUCUGUCCUCUAGUGAGAGUCUUCCUGGCUCACCAACUCACAGCUUGUCUGCCCGGUCCCCAACUCAGGGCUACCGCUCCACCCCUGAGCCCUCAUACCUCGGUGCUUCCUCCCAGAGCAGCUCUCCAGCCUCCAGCACUCCAAACUCCCCUGCUCCCUCUCAGCACAUGAGGCCCAGCUCCCUGCAUGGCCUCUCCCCAAAACUCCAUCGCCAGUAUCGCUCUGCCCGUUGUAAGUCUGCUGGUAACAUUCCCCUGUCUCCGCUGGCCCACACACCCUCUCCUACCCAGUCUUCACCGCCACCCUUGCCUGGUCACACCGUGGGGAGCUCCAACACCACCCAGUCAUUCCCUGCCAAGCUCCACUCCUCGCCACCAGUGGUCCGCCCCAGGCCCAGGAGUGCUGAACCCCCUCGAUCACCUCUUCUCAAACGGGUGCAGUCAGCAGAGAAGUUGGGCUCGCCUCUGACUCAGUCCAGUUCCACGGGAGGCCUGGGGGGUCCGCUGAGGAAACUCAGCCUGGAGGUGCAACAUUCUGAGUACCGUAAGGAUGCCUUUCUCUCUGAGCUAGGGCUCCAGAGCCUGCAGGAGACCGAAGGAGAAAAUAUGCCCCCUAAUCCUCCACCAUUACCCUCAUCCUCAACCAGCCCAGAGACUGGGAUCCUGAAACCUGUUCGGAGACUAGGGAGACAAGAGUCGCCACUAAGCAGGGAAACACUUCUGGCUGGGAGGGAGAGGGAAGAGAGGGAGAGAGGGAGGGAGAAGGAGAAAGAGAGAGAGAUUGAUACAACAACAGUCCUAGAGCGAUUGAGUCGAGUUGGAGACACAGUAUCCCAGUCAUCCUUAACAAGAAAACCUCACACUGGUGAGCUGCCCUUGAGCUCUCAGGCUGGCCCAAGCUCCAGACUAAGUGCAGAAACCACUAAAGUUGCAACACCUAGCACACCUACCAAAACAACAGGAAGUCUAGGUAGUCUGGCUGAGUUUGAAAAGAAGCCAGUAGACUUAAUUCUAAAACAGCAAGCCCACAAGGCAGCCAAAGAUGCGUUAUCUAUUAGUAAAGAUCCCCAGGAACAGCUCGGGGGCAGAACUGAACCAAAGCAGAAUGGAACUAACAAGAGUAGGCCUGGUUUACCUGGCGCUGUCUUCUCCAAGAGUUCUGCUUCAGCUCCAGAUAAACCUGUUGGUAUCAACUCAACAGUGACAGCAGGUCCUCUGAGCAUGAAUAAAACCUUUAAACCAUCAGGUAUGGGGGACAGCCAGAGAAAGACUGGAGCUGAGAGCAGUGACCCGAGGACUCCAGACCUUGGCUCCAAAAGCCCCAAACUCCCAGCUCGCAUUCUCGCUCCCGUCGUCCCCCCACACGGGCAACCGCUCUCACUGGGCAAAGUGAGGCAGGGUCUUGGCCCUGUCAACUGCUACCGCGGAACCCUUGACUGGGAGGACAAAUGUCGCCUGGAGGUGGUGGAGGAGCAUUCACCUUCUCCCUCUCCUUCCCCGACUGCUGUCACCCCCUCCCUCUGUGGACCUUCCCUCUGUAAGUCGCGGCCUGUGUCCCCUGGCGAGAAGACGAGCUUCGUCAGCCAGCUGACCACUGUGGCCAAAAAUGUCCUCGGGCCAAUUAAGAUUGGCUCCCAGGAGGGGGCUAAGAGUAAAGACCAGCAGACUAAGGCAGCAGAGGAGAAGCAGGGAGGCACAGCAGGCAAGUCUGACGCUCCUGCUAGUGGUCGAGUGGUUGUUGGGGCUGCAGUGGUGACCCAAAGUCCUGCUGCUUCACCAUUAGAAAAGGCUGCAACCGGUAGCAGCCCACCGAAAAUGUGACCCCAUAGGGUCCCAAAAUGGGACUUUAGAAGAAAAAAGUUGCCUUUUUUGGAAGAACAAUGCAACAGAGGUCAAGCACUUAAAAACAAUGUACAUUCCAGUUUCAGAGUAUAUGAAAUGUUAUUUAUUGAUUCCAGUCAUUGACUAAUUCUAACUGAAAAACGGGAGUAAAAUGUUCUACUGUAAAGGUGCAUUAUCUGUUGAUUUUCUAUCAUAAAGUAUUUAUUAAGAAGACUCUUAACGUAAUGUGGAACUCUAUCAGAUGUAUGUGUGUGGGUCUAUGUGAACGCAUGUCAUUUGAUAUGUACUGUAAAGGUAUUGUAGGUACAAGAAGGUCAAAAAGUGCUUUACUGAUCAAAACAUGCUGAAUACUGUGAAUACCAAAUCCACUCACUCUAUUUUGUCUUUCAACCAGCCCUUUCUCCUUUUACUGCUUAUCGAUGAAACGGGGGGAUGAACUGAGGCACAGUUAAACGGUAACAUUUGCAUCAAACAGCAAGAAUGACCUGCAGCCUCAUCUUGACUACAGCGGAUGAAGCAGGCGACAAGAUGAUUCAGCUCAUUUCUUCUUCGUCCGGCAGUUUGCUGAGUUGAUGUGCACAGUCAGACUAAGCCAAAGCAGGAACUCUGUCAGUGGAUGUCACAUCAAGCACUGUUCGGCUCCAUCUGUCACAGGGGAUUGUGUGUGUGUGUGUGUGUGUGUGUGUGUGUGUGUGUGUAAAGCCACCUUGGGCCUAUUUCUUGUGGUUCUUGAAGUGUGUGUCCUGCUGCAGAGGAAAGCAGGGUUGACAGAGCUCAGGCUCAAGGCUUAUCUCCCCUUUGCAGGAGGGCUACCACAGCCCUUUUCUCCCUCUGCCUCCAACCGCACACGAAAACACACACGUGCACAAACACACGUAGACACGCUCACACUGACACAGGAGGCAGCAGUCUCAGCAGCUGAUUUUCAUGCAUUUAAAUCCAUACCCCUGUGGUCCAUGAUUUGGUGUGUUUGUGAAUGGGAAACUUAAGGAUUGUGUGAGCACAUGUGUGUCUUUUCAAGGAGUAAUUACAUUGGGCACGACUGACUCAGUAAGGAAACCAAACUGGAAAUAAACAGACAGCAGUUAGGCUCCAGUAGCUGCUCUCAGUGUCCUGCCACUUUAUUGACAAGUCACACAGGCACAAUGAUGAUUAUUUGUGGAUGUAGUAUGUAAAGCAUAAUUAUAAGCACAUACAUAGUAACCACAUUUGUUGUUUUGAGCCAAAACAGGAAAAGCAGGGAGUCAUGGAUGUAGCAUACUGUACUUUGUUAAAGGGCUCUAAAGCUAAGGUAGGAUUUGUGGAUAUGGGCAUGGUACAGUAUAACACAACAGACCUGUUCCUGUAAAAACCAGGUUAUCUACAGCAUAAUCAGAAUGACUGUUGUAACAGUAGGUACUAAAGCUAGAUUGUCAAGCCUGAUGUAAAGCUCACGUUGUGCUAAGUAACAUACUGAUAAAGGUGUUUGAAUCAGUCACCUCAGCAAAAGUGCUGAGAAGGAUAAACAAGAAGGAAAACUUUUUCUGCCGCUGGUCGUAUUCAUCUCCUUUGCAGUCAUUCUCAGUCCAGUCCAAGCCUUUUACAGCUGUUUGUGAUAAUAAUGCCACUGUUUCAUUUCAUGAGUUGGGGCAGAAGGCAGGGUUUGAACAAUUUAAUCCUGCUUUGAUUUGUUAAAAACUGCUUUCUGACAGCGAUUUGGUUGAAAUGAAUUUGAUUCUUCCAGGCUCUACAAAUGUAAAGUGAUUCAACCAACAACUGCAAUUUCGGCAUUUAUUAUCUGUCAUUUAUUUUCUAAUCCAAACUUUGGUGUUGAACAAUAGUUUUAACUCAGAGUUCUUGAUUUUCCUCCAGCCUAUGUUGUCAGCUGUUUUGCGCGAGGCUCUUGGUGUAUGGCUGUGCUUGCAGCAUUGUUUUGGUGUAAUCUGUUUGAAAAAAACAAAACAAUGAGCUGGAAGUGACUAAAAGCAAUGUAGAGCCACUAAGUGGGAAAUUCAUUUUUGCAAUAUUGGAAAUAUACAAUCAUAAUCACCAUUAAUAUGAAAAAAUGAAAUGAAGAAUGAAGAAUUCUGUUAGCAAUCCAUCCUGGAAUCUAAGACUGCACUACAUGGGCUAACUGUUGAGGUUUUUUUUUUAAAUAUAACAUUGUACAAUACUGCCCCCCAGUGGUUAAAAACAUCCACUGUUAAACAUGAUACCACAAAAUGGUCAUUAAUUCAUUCUUUAAUGGUCAAUAAUCUGGUGGAGUGAGAGAUUGUGUAAUGAAGCCCAUACCACCAAACUAUCACAGAAUAGCUGUUAUUAGCCAUAGGGUUACUGAAUAUGCAUUUAUGUUUCUGAUGACGAAAUAUUUGCAGUAAUUAUCAAAGAAACACUUGAAACAUGAAUUUAUUUCCUUCCUGUUGUUGUGUUCUUCACGUGACUGUUAAUUAUAUCUUCUGGAAUAGGGAUUAACAUUUUUCAAUAUACUGUCUUAUAUAUUCUGCUAAAAAGGGGUUCUUUUAUAUCUUGAUGUAAUAAAUGAUUUAUCAGGUCGGCUCUGAUCAUCUGAUUAAGAAAAACUAUCUGUAAUGUAAUCUUAUACAACUGUUAUGCCCAUUUAGGCCUUUCCCAAUCAGUGGUGUCUAUACUAGUGUUAUAUGUUUGAGAAUUUCUUUUUUGUUUUGUGAUUGACAGAGAGAGUAGUUUAAAUGCACUUUAUUUGGUAAAAAAUCUGAAUUUGCUGGUAUUGUUUGAACUUUACUUUGAAGAAAAGGUAAAUAUACUGUAUACAAAUGUGGAUUCUACAAAUGAACACAAAAGUCCAAGUAUAAAAACAUUCCACGUUUCUCUGUUCACUGAAAGUGUAUUUAUUUGUACCAUUGGCCAUUUUUGUUUGUGAUAGAUGUGAUUCAAAUGCAGACACCUUAAGUGCAGUAUGUGGAAUAAAAUUCUGAGAUUUGUUCCAAAACACAUCUUACUCAUUUUUUUCUUUAUUUAUUUCCUGCAGCAACCUUUGCAUAAUCUAAUCACACUCAACAUUUUUUAUUGCAUUAUGUAUGCAGUUAAUUAGUGGACAAUUCCAAAGCAAAUAAACAUGUCAGCUGGAAGUAAUGACAUACUGACAUUGUGACUAUUUUUCA